UUUAAAGAAAUGUCAGUUUAAAAAUCACUUGUCACAAUACCAAAUACACAUACAUCUAAAUUUUGUGCGCAAUGGUAUAAGAGGUAAGAAAAUUUUAAAAUUUACAUCAGUGGCGUUAUCUGUUCGAGACGGUGUGAAGAUGGAGUUAGAGCAUUAACGUAAAAUUUGGUUGGUUUUGAAAAUGACAGUUUAAAAUCACUUGUCAUAUGCAUAUAAAUAAAACUAAAUUUUAAGUGAAAAAAACGAUUUGCAAAAAAAAGUAACUAAUAUGUGUAUCUUUUCGAAAAAGUGUCCCACGAAAGAAGUCGAUAUACGUCAACCCCAAUUCGACGAAACAACAUAUUGGGGCAGAGUUAAGGAAUAUUUUUUUUUGAAUAAUCCUCUGUUCGCUUUCGCAUCGCACAAUUUUUUGGAAUGUUGUAAAGAAAUUGUUGAUUUAUAUCUAAUAAAAAAGUUGGAACCACCAUGUCCGACGAAAGUGGAACUGUGGAAUGCAAAGUUUUUGGUGGAUGCGUGUUAUCAUCCGGACACAGGGGAAUUGGUUGAAUAUCCGGCACGUAGGGCAACUAGAAUUAUAUUUAAUUCGCUUUUAGUGGGUGGUAUGUUGGCUUAUUAUAAAAAUAUGAUCGCCAUUGGGGCUUUACAAACCGUUAAUCAAGGAUUUAAUGCUUUCGUUAUUUCUUGUAAUCGAACGAGAAAACAAGAAAUAUCGGAUGAGUCACUUUAUAAAGCUUGUGGAGCAGCAACAAUCGUAGCUGUAGCAGCAGCAAUCGGUUUAGGAACUGUUUGCAAAAAAAUGUAUGAUAAACUUUACUGGAGAAGUGUACCGUUUGUAGCGGUAGCAUUAGCAGAUUGUGUAAGGGUACCACUUUUAAGAAGUUGCGACUUAAAUGGAGGUGUACCAUUGGUUGAUACACGCGGAAUACCAAUGGGGUGGUCAACAAGCGCUGCUCGUAAAGCAGUUGGCGAUGAUAUUUUAUGUAGAAUUAUGAUGGCAGCACCGCCUUUACUCCUUACUCCUCUAUUAUGUAACCAUUUAGAACGUACAGGAACGUUUUGUCGUUAUCCUUGGUUAAAUUUUCCGGCUCAUCUUCUCAUGGUUGCUUUUUGCAUAACGUUUCUGACGCCACUGAUGAAAGGUCUCUUUGAAAAUCGAGGUGUGAUGUGGGUCGCCGACGUUGAAGAUGAUGCCUAUUGCGCUAUGAAAUUUCAUCCAUCUAGGCUUGAAUAUGAAAGAGAUUUACCUAUGGACCAACAAUAAUGUGAGAAAAAAUUUGGUUUGCUUUUCGCACCACUUUUUUUAAAAGGAAAACGACAAGUGAUGUUUAAACCAUUAUACCUUUAUUAAUACAAGUUUUUGACCUCUAAAAGUAAACAAUAAAAAUAUCAUAAAAAUCCA